CGGGCAUCGCCGCGGAUAUGUCUGACCAUUAAUCUCAACGCAGCGAAUCUCUUUUCCACGUUCUUCACUUCACUCUUUAUGUUUUGCUUGCUUGAUCCUAGAACGCUCGAUUUGUACCCUCCGCGUCCCAAGUAAACGAUAUCCUUCCCGAGAACACCCCCGGCAUGGCCGCCUUCCAACCAUUCCAGCGUCUACCCCCAGAACUUCGACUGAAGGUCUGGGAAUACACCUGGCCAGGUCCUCAGUGCGUCGAGGUGGGCGAUCUUUCAAUGCAUCCAGAGCACGUUCCCGACGAGAGUGGCUUGGGCAGAGACGGUGUGUUUUAUGAUACUUUGUGCCUACGCCCUACCUGUCGCCUACCACGAUGGCUUUCGGAAGACUUUGGGACCCGGAUUGUGGACGAAGAUCCACUGGAGGCGUGUCUCGAUCCUAUCGCUCUUCGCAUCAACCAAGAAUCAAGAAUACACACUCUGCGCCGCCAUGUUCGUCUUCAACACCCAAUGAUCCCUUCUGCCACAUUCUACUUCAACCCUCAUAGCGACCUGCUCUGCCUCACAGUCGACGUCGAUGAAUCAUACUUGUCAGACUUGCAGAAGCUGUACGGGUCACAGCUCAAGAAUAUACGGACAAUCGUUGUUGACCAGAACGGGUUUUGGGAGGAAGAUAACAUAGCCGACGACAUCCUAAGGUUCUUUGACAACCUUGAGCUGGUAUAUGUGCUUCUGGAUGUCUGGGACGAUGGCGAACGGGAGAGGCUGACCGUGAAGGACUGUCUGGUGAUGGCGGAGCAGCUUCGUAGCCGAGAUGCGGCUUUGCUGAAAAGACACAAAUGGUGCGUAAAGUACGUUGACCCAGACCUGCACGUGUACUCCGAAACCAAGAAGUAGUGUUCAUCACAGCUUUUGGUCACUAGGAUGCACUGUUUGAUCCAGGCAAUUACGCGAAUAAUAUCUAUCUCUUGACUCUUACGGGCCCGGGCGUGGGUUGGUCGUGUUCCGGGUUGUAACUGGAGAUGGGAUGAAGCCAGAAUCAGGGACUUGGGGCUGUCACAACCAUGGCGUUCCUAGGAUGAGACAUCAACGCAAAAGGCAUCACCGCAAGAGACAUCACCGGAGAGAUAUCACCCAAGAAGCAUCACCGGAGAGAUAUCACCCAAGAAGCAUCAUCCAAGAGACAUCACUACAGUACAAGGAGACAUUAAAGAACAUCGAGUUGCAUUUCAAGACCUCAAGGCAGAUAAUUCACAAGAUCUCUUCUUCCACCCUCUCAAAGCUCUGAUGAUCGUCCUCGUCAAAGAAGGUCCCAUGGAAGGUGAAGCAACCGCAGAAUGAUAGCAACAAUAGACUGAUUCCGCCCCCUCCUC